GUUUGUCAAAAUAUAAGCUAUAUUUUUGUUGUUUAUUGUGUUUACAUUGUUUAUCUUAAAUACAUUAUUAUUAAAACAUCGAAUAUACAAAUAAACUUUAUAAAUAACUACGAGGAAACUAUUGAACUGUUUUUAUGACUAAUUAUGGCGCUAAUCAUUUACCAAUGAACUAGUUCUAUUGUGUUGUAUAAUAGUGAAUAUGCGUUCUAAUCAUAAAAAUACUUUGUUAAAAGUUGUAAUUUUGGGAGAUGGAGGUGUGGGUAAAAGUUGUCUAAUGAAUAGAUUUGUGUCGAACCAGUUUGAUGAACAUUCUUUUCAUACAAUUGGGGUGGAGUUUUUAAACAAAGAUAUAGAUAUUAAUGGAGAUACUUAUACGCUUCAAAUAUGGGAUACUGCUGGACAGGAACGAUUUAAAACGUUAAGGACCCCAUUUUACAGAGGAAGUGAUAUUUGUAUGCUUACAUAUGCUAUAAAUGAUAAAUCAAGUUUUAAAAAUUUACAAAUGUGGAAAAAUGAAUUUCUCUAUUAUGCUGACAUUAAGGAGAACAAUCAGUUUCCUUUUAUUGUUAUAGGAAAUAAGUCUGAUAUUACUAGCGAGAGGGAGGUAUCUCAAUUAGAAUUAGAAACGUGGUGUAAUGAAAAUGGAAUCACGUCAAGCAUAGAAACUUCAGCAAAAAAUGCAAGCAAUGUGCAAGAGGCCUUCAUAUUGGCUGUUGAACAUUGGUUAAGGAUUGAAAAAAGAGCAGACAAAAAUGAAACUGUCUAUAAUGACACAGUUGAUUUGACUAAAAAGCAAGGGGAAAAAUCAUCUUGUUGCAUUGGAUCAUCUGAUGAAAACUAAAUAAUAAAACUAUUGUGAAUUAUAAAUAUAUUACUAAGCUAUAAAUUUCAAGAGGGGUACCCAGAG